CCUAGGUGGCAACAUGGGGGAAUGAUCUCAAUACUCUAAAGGAUAGUUGGCUCAACUUCUCAUCGAGCAAUUCAGAAUGGGAAUGAGACCCUCCAUGCCACUCAUGUUCCAAAAACCUUACUCUAAAUGGGUAGAUAGACUCUACCUGUUACAAGAUUUUUCAGGGUGCCCGUGUUUGUUUUUUUUUUCACUAGGGUGGGGGGUCAUCCCAUUGUGGAGCACAUUGGACAUUUCAUUGACCAUUGCGGAGAUGUGAUAGAUUUUGUUAAGAUUAUUUAGCAUCAUUAAGCUUGAGGUCAUGGGUACAGAUAGAGUAGAUCUUCCAUGCUUAGUUCUAUAAAUCUAAGCUUGAGGUCAACAUAGCUGACUUGGCAAGUAUGCACCAGGAUUCAUGGGAGUCAGUGGAACACUUCUUGACAAACUCAAAAAGUGACUCCUUGUGCGAUGAAGGUGAUCUGAGGUCCUACCCCUGUUAAAACAAUUGUAACCAUUAUGGAACUACUUUCACUUAGUGAUGAAAAUGGGACAUGGCGAGGGGUACCUCAAUACCCAUACCCCGCCCCACGCUAAUGCGGGUCAGGGCGGGUAUGGGGUGGACAGGUCGAUCAACUCUUUCAUGUUAUUUGAAAGAGGCAUUGCUUUGAUUUGUCACUAGUUGUUUUUGUACUCCCCUUGUAACUCUAUUCUUGGCUUAAAAGCCUCCUUUGAAGAAAAACAAAAUGGUAUAUAAACGAACCCCCAAAUCACAAUAGGUAACCAAAACUUAGCAACAUGGCUAGUGAAUGAACCCAAAGAUUUGGAAGGUAAAGUGAAACCCAAACCUCUAACCCUUAUACAGCCCAACCGAAAAUAGCUUGCCGUUUCUGAAGUCUGAACUCGCCCUGUGGAGUAAUUCGCGUGGCGAGCGGCGGCCCAAUUCGCAACCCGUUUUCUGUUUUUGGCACCUUUUAUGCCAUUCCUUUCCCCCAGUCUCCAAUCCCGGAGGGCGCUCGGAGAAAGAGAAGAAAAGGCUCGCGAGACUCACUGAAACCAGCCACACAAACGCAGCUGCGGAGGGCGACCUGAGAUCCAGCCUCACACCCAUCACAAUCCACCGGCGACUGGUAACCAUGUGGAGAAGGGCAGUUUGUUCGCAGCUCAAAACCCUCGCCGCCGCUGGGGGCAAGGCCUCCUCUUCGUCUCUGCCUUCUCGAUUCCGUCACACUGAUAGAUCCUUCAUUUAUCAGGCGGCAUCUUCUUCUCUGUUCAACCGAUAUUUCAGCACAGGUUCGAGAGAAAAUAUCAUUAGUGAUUAGACCCCCAAUUUUUAGAUCAUCGUCUCUAUUCAUUGAAUGUCAACUUUCUUUUUUCUUCUUUUGGAAUUUUCUUUCUCGCGUAUGUGGCUGUUCUCGUUGUUUGGAGAAUUUCAUGGCUCUCCGUUUUGAUUUUCAAUUGAUGUUUUGACGUGAAAUGGCCGAAAUGAUGAGAUUGUAACUGGUUCUGAUUCUGCCUUUAUUGGUUCACCUUGGCUCAUCUGGAGUUAGAUUUAAGUGGAUUUUAUCGGUGUUGGAAUCGCAGUGUGCUCGUUUUCUCGUACAGGUAUCUCUCUUUAUAUCGAUUGAACGAGAAAGCUUUUGGGGUUGUCUUGCAGAUGAUGCAUUGAAAAAGCCAGUCGAGGAUGUGAUGCCUAUUGCCACUGGCCAUGAACGUGAAGAGCUUGAAGCAGAACUGCAGGUGCGUGCCUACAUUUAUUCAUUGUUGAUGCAGAAAAGGACGGUGAAUGAGUUGGUCUGAGGUUUUCGAUUUUUUGUCAAAUGUGUUCAAAUUUGUAUUUUCGAAUAGAAAUGGGUUAUAGGUAUAAUAUGCCCCUCUACUAUUACGGUUUAUCGAACGUGCCCCUCUACUAUUUUUUACAUCAAACAUGCCCCUAUACUUUGACAAAAUUAUCAAACAUGCCCUUAUGCUAAAAUUCCGUUGAAAAAAAUCGUCAAUCAUGGUUGAACCGAGAUUUGGACAACCCGACAUUGGUAUGUAGGAGGGAAAAUAUCAGUUUUGUCCCUCGUUUUAUUUCUCUGGGUUUCUUCAAAGUGAAAUUAUUUGAAUUAUUUGGCUAUAUAAAAGAACCAAAAAAAUUCUAAAGUGAAAUUAUUAGGGAUAUUUUAGACAUGUGUGUCGUCCAAACCAAAGUUCGGCGUUGAUUAAUUGUUUUUGGAUGAAAAUUUUAACAAAAGUGCAUGUUUGAUAAUUUUUACAAAGUACAUGGGCAUGUUUGAUGUAAAAAAUAGUAAAAGGGCAUGUUUGAUAAAACAUCAUAGUAGAGGGGCAUAUUAUACCUAUAACCCAAUAGAAAUUGAAGUAUGAGCAUAUGUGAUGUUAAUUUGUUGCGUUAGUGACUGGAGUGGGAAGUUUAGUGUUGCAUAUGUAUGUCCACAACAGAUGUAUGCACUGCUAAUGUGUGGUUGUAAUUAGCAGACUUGUUUGUGAGACAUUUUCUGCUGAAGCAUGAGAAAUGUAAUUGUAAUGGAUGGGAUGUUCUCUUUCAUCGCUUCACAUGUAUUCUUGAAAUUUCUACUUUUUCAGGGAAAAGAUAUUCUUGACAUUAACCACCCAGCUGGUCCAUUUGGCACAAAGGUUAGUGCAUUAAACAUGUGCCUUGUACACCCCUUCUACUAUCAGGAUUUUUUUUAUUUAUAAUUUUAGUGAGUUUUAACCUGCUAAUAAGUCCUGUUUUUGACUAUUUGCCUUAUGUGCUUGGAAACUAUCUUGCUCUGCUUGUGACAAAGUUAUAUUGCUAGCUGGCUUUAUGUCCAUUGGCUACAUUUUGGAAGACUGAUGUUGCAGUUCGCUUUCCAUCCCUUUCUUUGGGCUUCUUAGUUUCCCCCUCCUUUUUUGAAUUCUUUAUGCAGCCAUCGGCUUCAUUCAACCUUUUUCCUGUUUUUCCCAAACAGCUCGAAUUACUUUCAAUGAUAUGCAUACAUCACAUAUACUUCAAAAUAUAAUGAGAAAUUACUCAUAUGAAUCAUAGUAUUUGGGAAGUUUAUGUAGUGUAAGUUAUAAAAUCAAUAAUUCCAUCACUAUUUUAUUAUAUUUAGUUUGGAAUAAUUACAACUUUUAAUAAUCUUAUAUGCAGUUGGAAUGCUAUGAACAAAUAGGUCAAGAAAUAUACCAUAACCUAGAGUCAUUAGAUUGUGAAAGAUUAAUAGCUUUUUCAUUGUAGAACUAUAGAUGUUUGUGGACUAUACAGCUUAUGUAAAUGAAACUCUAUUUCUCCUCGAGUUGUUAAAUCAUUUGAUCCUGUGAUUUUCAUUGCACUGGUUACAGUUUCAAUAGAUACAAAUGCCUAUGGUUAGCUCCUUUGGGAUUCUUCUUUUCAGCACACAUGUAUGCAGUACUAGUGGCAGUAUGUAGCUCGAUUGAGUCUUAGUAUAUUUUGUGAUUCCUGCAGGAAGAACCUGCUAUUGUCAAGUCUUACUAUGACAGGAGGGUAGUUGGAUGCCCUGGAGGUGAAGGAGGUGAGUGACUAUUCCCAACCGCUGGCCUUAUUGCAACUCCCCUGCUCCUUUUAUUCCCUUCCUGGAGAAUUGAGAAUAAAGGAGUAAUAUCACAUCUUCAGAAACUUAUGUCACUUCAUUUGGAUCUUUUUUGUUGACAGAGGAUGAACAUGAUGUUGUCUGGUUUUGGUUGGAGAAAGGCAAGCAUUUUGAGUGUCCUGUCUGCUCGCAGUACUUUGUGGUAAGUGUAGAUGCUUGUUUUGAAAUUUCAAGCAAUAUGUAUAUUGACUAUUGAAUCUGGAUCUCAGCAUUGGAUACUUUAUGCUAUGAUGGAGUGGAUGGACUUAAUGGUAGGAUAUAAUGAAUGAAAAGGCACCCUGUUUGUUAGCCUAAUUUUGGAAUCCCAAGGAAUAUGAGCAUUCUGACCUUCCUGACAUCGCUUUUUCUUCCAUACCAUGUAGCUAAGACAUAGUGCCAAACCUUGUUUUAACUGAAUGCUUAAAAGCUCAAACUAGAUACUUAUGAAGGUAACUUGUAAAGUCUUGCAUCAUCAUUCAUCGUGCACUGGUUUUUGCUCUGAACAUGAACUUUGACCACUAUUCCUCAAGCACCAAAGUUCUAAGGGUGAGGACUCCCUUCUUGCUUAGAUCAUCAGAAGCACUUCUUAUAUUGUAGUUGCAUGCUUGCUGGUAUUACCCCCAUACAUAUUUACGACCUUACCUGGUCAAUGUACUGUCGCAUUCGUGAUGCUGAUCUGUCAGUUUGUUGAUGUGAUCCUCAUGCAUUCUAGUUGUGUGCUUUGUACUCAUUGUUGGCUAAGUCAUUAUAUGAUUUAACGGCUACUUAGUUUGUGUUUGCGAAAACCUAGUAUUGGAAACCUAAUUUUACUGCAUACCUAUUACUAUCUGUUGAAUGUUGGUAUCAAGAAAGCAGUCAGGAACAAUAAGAAGAGAGUAUUUUGUUUUUUGCUCCGAGAGCGACUGAGUUUCGGAUUAGAAAUGGUCCCUCUUAGCUUAUAGGGCAAAGCUCUCAUUGAAACCCUACUAGGCUAGUUGACUGACUGCUAGAGUGGCCCUUUGUUACAAGGGUACCAAAUUGCAAACAAAUUGAUUUUAGACAUAGAUCAGCUUCUGAAUUGGAUUGGUUUUGUCUGUAGCUGGAAGUUGUGGGACCUGGAGGAGACCCUGAAGCUGGACAUGGCGACGACCAUCAUCACUAGAGGCGUAUCAGCAUUCCGACUUUCCAAUUGGAAUAAAAAGAAUUUGUGGAUGAUGAGUUCUUUCCAAACGUACACAUUUCAGCAGCUUCAGGUUCAGAAAGCUUUGAUAACUUGGUUUUCGUGUCUGAUUGCUCUUCCUUUUUAUUUUUGUCCCUGAUGGUUGGGGUACGGGUCUGUUUUGUACGUCUCAGUCUCUGGAAUACCAUGAAUCGUGUUAAAAAGUUUUACCCCUUUAGAGCAUUGCCCAAAUAAUUCAUGGCUCAUUACUUCUAUUCUUUUUCUGGAACUGUUUUGAGGAGGCUGGAUUCUGGAUUGCCCCCUGGUAGAUCUUUUAUUACAUUCUCAAGUUCACUCGACUUCUAUACUUCUCAAAACCCAUGCGCAAGCAGUCGGCAAUUCUGACUUUAAGAGCUUGUAUAAUGACAAGACUACAUAGGACGUACUAGACUGGAUGUUUACAUUAUAGGACAAAGUUUUGAUCUCGUUGUUAAUCUGUUAUCAAUUUAUGCAGCAGCAACCCAUGGAAAUUGGGUCUUGGGGAAUAUGCACCUCACUUUUCUGAGAAGGCACACACUCAACAAGAGGAAAAAUUCCAAAGUACACUGGUACUUAAAAAAAUUCCCAAAAUACAUAAGUUAUAAAAAAUAAUUCUCAAAAUACACAUGUUUCACAUUCACCGUUUUUGUCUAACGCAGUGAAUAUAAUCACCGCAUUAAAAAACACGGUGAACAUUUCACCGUUUUUAUUUAAAACGAUGAUGUAUUCACCGUUGUUAAGCAAAACGGUGAAUAACGAGGGAACCAUUCAUCGCCUUAAACGAAAACGGUGAAGACAUCACUGUUUUAUUAAAACGCGGUGAAAUAUUCCCCGUAUCGAACGACCACGAUGAAAGCGACGCGGAUCGCUGAUGUGGACAAACGCGGUGCAUUCAUCGUGUUAGACAAAAGCGGUAAAUACCCCGUGUUUGUCCACGUCAACGAUCCGCGUCGCGGAUAGCUCACCGUUGUCGUUGGAUGCGGUGAGGCGCGGAUUUUGUUUUUCUUCUCAGAUACGACGCCUCAUAGCGUCCCACGUCACUCGAACUGUGCCCUUCGCCGUCUUCGAUAAAGGCGGUUUAUUCACUACCUUUGUCAAAUGCGGUGAUGGCGCAGUGACUGUUUUACGCACAAGCUUCCCCUACCCACCCCUCACCCCCUCCCCCCUCCUCCAAAUCACACCACCACAUUUACUCUUCUUUUUCCCUUCCUCCAUCCACUUUAGUCUCGUUGUAAGUAUGCACUGGAGUUAUACCCUAAAGCCCCCGUCCGUUAUAAACCAGUCGAACCUCUGUCUGGCUUCCGCCAAAAAAUGGAUGAAGAGGCUCUUCGGGUAGGUUCUUGGUUUUUCUUUUGUGAUUUUUUUAAUUGCAACAAUUUGAUUUUGAGAUUUUUUUAAUAAAAACAAUCUGAUUUCAUUACUUUUUUUAUAGAUGGGUGCCGAGAUAUACGAUCCUCGAUUGUAUAUCCAUUAUGGGCCAAGAGAUACGAGGUAUUUAACCGAUCAAGAAGCACAUCGCUCCCGUGCAAUUUGGGACAACAAUCCGGUAAAUUGAUGAUUUAUUUGCUUUAUUUUAUUAUUUUAUAAGGUUUUAUUUUGCUUUCUUUUAACUAACAAAUUGAUGUUUUUUUUUUGUAGGAAUCACUUAUUCCUGUCAUUCAUAAAGGGACCACAAACCUACCCGCUUGGCAUGAUUGGUUGGCGCCGUAUAUAGAGAACCGGGUUGGGUAUGCUGAGGCAUUUCAUGCGGAUUGAAAUCGACAACGAUAUGCUUACGGCAAUGGCGAAGCGAUGGCGCCCCGAAACCCAUACGUUCCACCUUCCGGAGGGGGAAAUGACGAUCACCCUCAAAAACGGCGCGAUCCUCACCGGGCUGCCGAUUUCUGGAGAGGCCAUCAUUGAUACCACACCCCUGUCUGCACAAAUAUCACAGAGUUCUUGAAAAUUGAAUCGCGACUCAAUUUUCAACAUAGUGGAUUCACCGUCCUCAUAAUCAAUCCCUAUGUCAGAGUUUGUCACCCUUCCAUUCCACCGAAUAAUAAGCUGAAACUUCUUGAAUUUACCCAUAUCUACAAUUUACAAUAAGUAACUAUUAGCUUAAUUCCAGUAAAAUUAACUAAAACCAUAUUGUACGACUAAUAUUUCUCCAUCUCAUAACUAACAUAACAUAAAUUCAGCUAACUAACAACAACAUAAAUUUCUCAACUAACAGAACAUAUUUGCUACGAUAAGUAAUUCAUAACAUAACAAUAUAACUACUAAAAACAUCAUUAGGCUACAAUACAAAAAUUAAAUCAUA